AGACUUGCUGAACUUCUGCGAUUCAACGUUAUCAGGGUUGGGAAUAAUUAUGACGAAAUUAGCAGAACUAGAGAGUAUGAAAUCGACAACUUCUCUCAAGAAAAGUUCCUCCAUUUGAUCAUAAUCAAAAGCAAUGUCGAAAGCAAUUAUAAGGUCUACAUGGAUAAACUGUAUGGAUAUGUGUGUCGUGUUCAGCGUGACGAAAUGUUAAAGAUUCCAGACAAUGAAGAGCAAUUAGUUUUAGUUAUUCUCAUUGCAGCCUUAAUGUCAAGGCAUAUAUUUAAUGAUCCAAAGGUUUUAAAUAUAAUGUGA